ACUAGCCAGACCACCCAACACUAGCUUGAACCUUUCUUGCUGUUACCUUCCUCCCGCCGCAACACUCAUCGUCAACUCCCUUACCACCAACUUCUCUCUUUGUUGAUCGUCACUCGAACUGUCUGUACUCGCCAACUACUCUCAAGCCUUGCCGACGACUCCGUCAAGAUCGAUACAGCUUUGAAGAGAAAAAAAAAUUGAUACAAAAUCUCUUUCGGUCAACGAAGCUAGAACGAGAUGAGUCCUUUCUUCCUUCUUUUUUUCUCCCUCCCUCUUCUCGCUCUCUAUGAUUCUUGGACUUCUUUAGCUCCGCCAUCGGCUUUCAAGAACGCUACCUGCUCCUGCUCUUCCGUUACUGGAUUGUUUGAUAGGUCUUGUUGUUUUGAAGAGAAUAGGAGGUUCCCGGAGAGAUGCCUGACUGGUUGCGGUAUUUGGGCUUCACUGCUAGUCUGCCAUUUGCAUUGGCUGCAAGCUUUUUGUCUAUGAUCUUCACCGUGGUCGGCUUGACCAUCAUGUUCAUCUUGUGGACACUUUCUUUAUGCACUUCCUGCUGUUCCUGUUGUUGCCAAUAUGAAAAAAUGAGGGAGGUGGUGAAGACACUCAACACGGUUCACUUCUACAUUAUCGGCUGGUGUACUUGCGAUCCAUCGUGGUCAUCCAAAACAGUUACUGAAUACAACCCAAACUAUCAGCUUCAUCAUCAGCCCCCUCCUACAGAUUUUGUUAUCGCAAUACCUCGGCCACCACCUCCGCAGCUCAUCAGCUCCAGGAAUCUACUAUCACCUUCUUCUCUUACAACUACUCCAGGUUUAUCCAAGAGAAGCUUCACAUAUGAAGAGUUGGCAAUCUCUACAAAUAACUUCUCUAUGAAUAAUGUGUUGGGCGAAGGAGGCUUUUCCUUAGUGUACAAAGGGACACUAACCAAUGGCAGAGAAGUUGCAAUCAAGCGUUUGAAAGAUACUCACCGGCAGCCAGAUCUUGAGUUCAUGAAAGAGGUAGAUAUAUUAAGUCUAGUGCACCAUAGGCAUCUCGUUUCGCUCAUUGGAUUCUACGUCUCGGAGCUAAUAUGCCUACUUGUUUGCGAAUAUGUUCCUAACAAAACCUUGGAGUUCCAUUUGCACGCAUUUUGUACAGGUAGAAAUGGAUCUACUUUGGCUUGGAGACACAGAUUCAGAAUUUCCUUGGACUCAGCAAAAGGCCUUGAAUAUUUGCAUGAAGAUUGCAAUCCAAGGGUGAUUCAUCGCGAUAUUAAAUCUGCCAAUAUUCUUCUGGAUCAUCAGUUUAGAGCCAAGAUUGCAGAUUUUGGGAUUGCAAAGCAUGUUUCAGAUGAGACAACUCAUAUCUCAACUGUUGUGAAGGGAACUUAUGGUUACCUCGCUCCGGAGUAUGCUUCUACUGGAAAACUUACUGAUAAAUCUGAUGUUUACUCUUACGGGGUGUUGCUUGUGGAGCUGAUCACUGGACGAAAACCUCUAGGUUUGGCUGAUUGGGCGAGGCCCUUGCUACAGAAAGCAAUGGAAGAUGCAAUAUACGAUGCCCUUAUCGAUCCAUUCUUAGACAACGACUACGAUCCUGUCGAGGCAGGGAGAAUGGUGGCCUGCGCCUCUGCUUGUUUGUGCCAUGCUGCAGCUCUCCGACCAAGCAUGAGUCAAAUAUGUAGGGCAUUGGAAGGAUGCAUUUCAUUUGGAGAUCAGAAAACUAUUCAAUCUCCACUAGGUUCAUCAUCUGCCAAUACUUUGUUCCAAUCAGUUCUAACUCCAUCAACAACAAAUCCUUAAAAACUCCAUGUGAAGAAACCAUUGAGAUUUAAGUUGCAACCAAUUCAGAUGCUGUGAGAUUAUUAAUAUUCAUCAAGUUUUGUUAAUAUUUGUUCUAUAAUUUCUAGGCUCAAGCGUUAUUUCAAAGUCAAGACAGGGAUUUUGGAUAAUUCUAAGUGUGAUUAAUUGAAAUA